UCAGAUGCCUCAUUCGCCACAAAGGUCAAGCUUGGUGAAAAGGUCAGUCUUAGCCAGCUGAUCCUCAACUGCACGGGAAGACUAGGCAUCAAUGAAUUUACCAAAGAUUCAGUCUCGGAGAAGGAUCAAGGAAUGGUUGAGGAGGUGUUUGAUGGGCUCUAUCCUCCACCUUGCAUAGAAGAUAUUCGUAUCUACAACUAUUUUGGGCGUCAACUCCCAAAAUGGAUGAUGUCAGCAACAGUGAUGCGUAUGCCCCUCAAUAGCUUAAAGAUUUUAGUGAUGUGGGACAUGGCAUAUUGCACCCAACUCCCAGAUGGCUUGUGUGCGCUCCCAUGUUUAGAGUACCUAGACGUCGGACAAGCUCCAACAAUCAAGCGUGUUAGGUCUGAAUUCGUGCAGCCACAUAGUCACUGCCAUCAUGCUUCAUCCCAGGUUGCUGUCUCGUUUGCAAGACUGCACAAGAUGAUAUUAUGGGAAAUGGCAGAAUUGGAGGAGUGGGAGUGGGAGAAGGAAGUGCAGUCUAUGCAGGCCUUGGAGGAACUUAAAAUCAGAAGUUGCAAAUUGAGGUCCAUCCCUCCUGGCCUUGCCUCCCAUGCAAAGUCUUUGAAAAAGUUAACCAUAUGCAAUGUCCAGCAGCUCCAGUAUAUAGAAAACUCUGCUUCUGUAGUCGAUCUCAGCCUUGCUGGACUACCCGACCUGACUAGGAUCUCCAAUUUUCCCAAGCUGCGAAAACUUGAGAUCUAUUGCUGCCCGAAGCUCGAGUUGCUGCAGGAGAUGGUUGCACUCCAGAAGCUAACAGUUCAGUACAGCGAGAAGCAGCUCCCAUCGUACCUGCAAACUGUAAAGCCAAGCCAUUUGCUGCUGGAUUGCUGCUCGGUGAUACUCCUUUCCAUGGCUUUGGGAGAGUCUUGUUCCGAGUGGGACAAGUUCAGCCAUAUCCAGCAAGUUGAGGCUUAUGCAGAUGAUGGAGGCAUUGAAAAGAGAUGGCACCUAUUCUACACAAGGGAGCCCUACAACAUGGGGACCAACAUUGAUCUGCAGGAGUGGUCAGACGAUGUUAACUUUAUCCAAUCAGAGGGUGAAGAUGGACUGCCUCGGUUAGCUGCCCUGAUGAAAUCUGCGGAUGAAGAUGAGGAGGAUGCAGACAACACAGAAGAAAUAGAGGAGGAAAGCAUGGGCCAAGGAAGGGAGGAGUAGCAAAUCAAGGAGGCAACAUCAUGUUAAUUUCCUGCUGCUGUUAUAUGUACAAUCCCACGUGCUACCUCUCACAGCCCGGGAUCACAUGGUCCAAAAGCAUAUUUUUAUAUUUCCGCAUUUGAUUUGGUGUAAUGUAGAAAACUAAGUACAGCAUUGGAAUUGCUUGGUUUGUUUGUCAACAUAUGGCAGAAUA